AUGGGACAUAAUCAACCAAUGCAGUCGUCAAAUCCACAAGAACACUUUGUGCAAAUAGCCCUGGAUAUCGAGCACCGCCUAACCACACCGAUCAGCCUAACAAGUGACUCGAAUCAGAGACGUAACCAGUGGGUUACCAUCAUCAUAUGCACCAUCUUGGCCGUAACAGGUCAAUGCAUCGCUAGACUCCUCGAGAACUAUUACUUCCUCCACAAAAACCUGAGCCGCCGCCGCGGUAUCUUGACUCAAACACUUCUCCAAGUCGUCGGAUUCCCCAUCCUCCUUCUCCCUUUCCUUCUCCACUUCCUCAUCAAGAAACAGAAACAACUUCUCAUUUUCUCCGGUGAAACCUCCCUCAAGCACUUAGCCAUAACUUACUCUAUUCUCUGCAUCUACAUGUUUUGUCAAGCAUUUUUCUCCGACGUUAGAAACCAGAUACCCUAUAGAGUUUUCACUCUCACUUACACGACGCAGCUAUUAUUCACCCUGAUUUUCUCCAAGUAUUACAACGAUAUCAAAUUUAAUAGAUGGACGUUUAUCUCUCUCAUCUUAGCCGUCCUCGCCGGCGCUUUCACUCUCUACACUUUCUCCGCCGGGUCACCCAUCUACGGGAAGAAAUCCUACGGCUAUGGAAUUAUUAAUGUGGCUUUCGGCGCUGCCAUCUUUUUCUCCUUGCUCCUCUGCAUUAUCAGGAAGGUGUUCGAGGAACUUAUCUCUUUCUGCAACACAUCCACCAACAGAAAACAACCCAGUUUCGUUGUCGUUCUCGAGAUGAUCAUCUUCUUGUCUCUCGUCGUAACCAUCAUCUUAGUCGCAGCCGUUUUAAUCUCUGGUGAACAUCACGAUAUGAAGAAAGAGAUGGAAACGUUCACGAAGGGAGAUAUUGCCUACGUGAGGACUAUGGUGGGUCAAGCCGUUGCAUGGCAGAUCUACUGGGUCGGGAUCGUGGGGCUAGUGUUCGCUGUCUCCGCCGUGUUCUCGAACGUGAUCAGUGUCUGUACGUGGCCGAUCGUGUCGCUUCUAGUGGCUUUUUUAUAUAACACGCACGAUCAUUUCGAUGUCUUCAGAGGAAUCGCCUUAGGCGCAGCUGCUCUUAGCGUCUCGUGUUAUAUCUAUAUUAUUCACAAAGAGAAGAGCGACGAUGAUGACCAAUCCACAAGCUAA